AUGUGGUCCCUUUCGACCGACCUACGCAGCAACCGACUGAGGCUUUUCCUACGGCAUCUUUCAACCUCCUCAGACAUGCUUGUUGCUCCUCCAGAGGUUAUUGCAAGUUGGCCAGAGCCAAAUUAUGUCAACCCUGAACAUCAGGGCCCUCAUUUGACGAUUAUCGUCAUCAGUUGCUUUACCAUCUCGACUGCUGUUGUGGCACUACGAACAUACGUCCGAGUUAAAAUCAAGAAGAAUGCCGGUUGGGAUGACUGGCUCAUGCUGAGCACGCUGGUAUGA